AGGAAGUGAGGAGGGGCGGGGGGGUUUAUGAGGAGGCCGGGGGAGCAUUGGAGCAAAUUUGCACUCAGGGCCACCUGAGGGACUUGUCCGUGGGGGCUCAGCUCUGUCCCCUCCCCUCGCAGAGACACGGUUGUCGUAUGGGAGUAGGGAACUGUGGAGGGGUGUAUGGUUGGGGGAAUAUUUUUCUGGCUGCGCUUCAGGCAGGGUGUGCUGAAGCUGGACUGGGGGUGGGGCCUGGUUGCCCGGGAGUCUAAGAGGGCAGACCCCCCCCCUCCCCCCGCACCCCCCACCGCACCUCUCCACUGGCUGACUGGAUACUAAGAUGGCUGCCGUUGCCAUGACACCCAACCCUGUGCAGACCCUUCAGGAGGAGGCGGUGUGCGCCAUCUGCCUCGAUUACUUCACGGACCCGGUGUCCAUCGGAUGCGGGCACAACUUCUGCCGAGUGUGUGUAACCCAGUUGUGGGGCGGGGAAGAUGAGGAGGACAGGGAUGAGUUGGAGCGGGAGGAGGAGGAGGAGGAGGAGGAGGAGGAAGAGGAGGACGGAGAGGAGGAGGAAGUGGAGGCAGUGGGGGCCAGCGGGGGCUGGGACACUCCCAUGCGGGAGGAAGAUUUUGAAGGCGACAUGGAGGAGGAGGUAGAAGAGGAAGAGGAGGGUGUGUUCUGGACCACUGGCAUGGGUGGGUCCAACUGGGACAACAUGGACUACGUGUGGGAGGAGGAGGACGAAGAGGAAGACCUGGACUACUAUUUGGGGGACAUGGAGGACCUGAGAGGGGAGGAUGAGGAGGACGAGGAAGAAGUGCUGGAGGAGGAUGAGGAAGAGGAGCUAGACCCCGUCACCCCACUGUCCCCACCUCCAGCCCCUCGGAGGUGCUUCACUUGUCCCCAGUGCCGGAAGAGCUUUCCUCGGCGGAGCUUCCGCCCCAACCUGCAGCUGGCCAACAUGGUCCAGGUGAUUCGGCAGAUGCACCCAACCCCGGGGCGAGGGAGCCGCGUGAACGAGCAGGGUAUCUGUCCGAAACACCAAGAAGCCCUGAAGCUAUUCUGCGAAGUGGAUGAAGAGGCCAUCUGUGUAGUGUGCCGAGAAUCCAGGAGCCACAAACAGCACAGUGUGGUGCCAUUGGAAGAGGUGGUGCAGGAGUACAAGGCCAAGCUGCAGGGACAUGUGGAACCCCUUAGGAAGCACCUGGAGGCUGUGCAGAAGAUGAAGGCCAAGGAGGAAAGGCGAGUGACAGAGCUAAAGAGCCAGAUGAAGUCAGAGCUGGCAGCUGUGGCCUCAGAGUUUGGGCGGCUAACACGGUUUCUGGCUGAAGAGCAGGCAGGGCUGGAGAGGCGCCUCCGAGAGAUGCAUGAAGCUCAGCUGGGGCAUGCUGGCGCAGUGGCCAGCCGCCUCACAGAGCAGGCUGCCCAGCUGAGCCGCCUGCUGGCUGAGGCCCAGGAGAGGAGUCAGCAGGGGGGCCUUCGGCUACUCCAGGACAUCAAGGAGACUUUCAAUAGGUGUGAAGAGGUACAGCUGCAGCCCCCAGAGAUCUGGUCCCCUGACCCAUGCCAACCCCAUAGCCAUGACUUCCUGACAGAUGCCAUCGUGAGGAAAAUGAGCCGGAUGUUCUGUCAGGCUGCGAGAGUGGACCUGACGCUGGACCCUGACACGGCUCACCCUGCCCUGAUGCUGUCCCCCGACCGCCGGGGUGUCCGCUUGGCAGAGCGGCGGCAGGAGGUUGCUGACCAUCCCAAGCGCUUCUCGGCUGACUGCUGCGUACUGGGGGCCCAGGGCUUCCGCUCUGGCCGGCACUACUGGGAGGUAGAGGUGGGCGGGCGGCGGGGUUGGGCGGUGGGUGCUGCCCGUGAGUCAACCCAUCCUAAAGAAAAGGUGGGCUCCGGGAGUCCCGCUGUGGGCAGUGGGGAUGCCAGCUCCUCACGCCAUCACCAUCGCCGUCGCCGUCUCCACCUGCCCCAGCAGCCCUUACUCCAGCGGGAAGUGUGGUGUGUGGGCACAAAUGGCAAACGAUACCAGGCCCAGAGCUCGACAGAGCAGACACUGCUGAGCCCAAGUGAGAAGCCACGGCGCUUCGGGGUGUACCUGGACUAUGAGGCUGGGCGCCUGGGCUUCUACAAUGCGGAGACUCUAGCCCACGUGCACACCUUCUCAGCUGCCUUCCUGGGCGAGCGUGUCUUCCCCUUUUUCCGGGUGCUCUCAAAGGGAACCCGCAUCAAGCUUUGCCCUUGAUUAGCCUGCCACCCGCAGGGGCCCCUCUGGUCAGCACUAGGGGGGCGGGUGGUGGUGGAUGGUGGCCCAUUACUGCAUUGUUUCCUGCUUUCCCUUGACCCCAGGCCCCUGCUUCUCCCCCUAGGAACCUAAGAACCCUCCUGGCCUCCAGCUCUGCCUUUUCUCACCUACUGUGUCUGCCCAACAGGUCUGCAUGGGUCUCUGAUAAUGAGAACAACUGCUUGGUUUUCCUUCCCUGUCUGCCUAGUCCAGUCCAGCCCUUGGGAGUUUCGAGUAGGAAAGAUUGUAAUUUGAUUCCUUCUUUCCCUCACCCUUGCUCUUCAACCAUUAUGUCAGUUCUAAGGGUAGAGGGCUUGGGCAAGACUCAUAACAUCCCCAUCUUGUUUCCUGGUGCAAACUUUAGAUGGGAUUUGGAAACUUUUGGGGGAGCCAUGCUGGGCAAAAGGGUCAAGCUGGGUAAAGAAAUGUCUGCUUUCUUGGGGAAGUAGGAGGGAUUCUAAGCUUUCCUUCCACCCCUAAUUUCUACCUCCUUAGACUGGUCAGAAUUUAGCCCAGUGAGAUGACUGAUAUGGUUUGAACUACAGUACAUGCUAUUACAUCCACCAAUAAAUUAUUCCUACACCCAUCCUUUUCCCAGCACUCAAUCUAAAGAGCAAAACUCCCUACCUUACCCCUCUAGGCCUUUUCAUCACCAGGGCCGUUUCGUUUGUCCACUGGAGCUGCUUUUAGUUUUCAGCCUCUCCCAAAGCCUUUGAAUUCCAUUUGACAAGCUCUGAGGGGAAGCCCAGGGACAAGGAUUUGGGUGCCUGGGAGAGACUUGGGCACAAUAUAUUUUUCUAGUAACUCCUUGCUGUCACUUAAUCAGUUUUUGUUCAUGGCUGAGGUCAAUUUAUAUGUUCCUGGGGAAAAGGGAAAGGUGAAAAUUGUGUUGCAGAAAUAAAAUGUUUAUUUGCUUCUUC